CGACGUGCCACAGCUGUCCCGUAGCUGCUUGACUGGACUGCGGCCAAGUUCCCGCGAGGGAUGAGAGCGCCGCCGUCCCUUUGCCAGCACAGACCAGGCCGCCAAUCCGUGGCCAGCUUCACCCUUCGCGCGCCUAGGUUUACAGAGACGAGGCUUUUGAUAUUUCCAGCCGCAGCAUGUCCCAAUCCCUGAGACCGUACCUCCAGGCGGUGCGGAGCAGCCUGACGGCGGCGCUCUGCCUGUCCAACUUCGCGUCCCAGGCGACCGAAAGGCACAACGUGCCCGAGAUCGAGGCCCAGACGUCCCCCGAGGUGCUCCUGACACCCCUGACCGUCGCCCGCAACGAGAACGAGCGCGUCCUCAUCGAGCCCAGCGUCAACAGCGUCCGCAUCAGCAUCAAGAUCAAGCAGGCCGACGAGAUCGAGCACAUCCUCGUCCACAAGUUCACCCGCUUCCUGACCCAGCGUGCCGAGUCCUUUUUCAUCCUGAGGAGGAAGCCCAUCAAGGGAUAUGACAUUUCCUUCCUGAUUACCAGCUUCCACACGGAAGAGAUGCUCAAGCACAAGCUUGUCGACUUCAUCAUACAGUUCAUGGAGGAGGUCGACAAGGAAAUUUCCGAAAUGAAGCUCUUUUUAAACGCACGGGCAAGAUUCGUUGCCGAGUCCUUCCUUACCCCUUUCGACUAAAUCCCUUGCUAUACCUUGCUCUGGCGACCUGCUUAUGGUACCAUAAUGAAGGCGUCCGUGACGCACAUGACUGUCGGGCGCUUGGGUGGGAAACAAAUGACAUGGAGGGCUCCAACAUCCCAUCUUCCGUCCAGAGUUUAGAUGACUUAACAGCAGCUACGAUACGAUCAAGAUAUUCGCGCAUCACAUAUAUCAAUGCCAUCAUGUCCUCCAAUCUCAAACGGGGUUCUUUCGAGGACAGUAGUUGGAGUCUGGCUGGUAGCAACAGUAACGAAGUCACCUUUCCAAUCACCCCAAACCUUAAUCCAAAUAUGCUAUUGUAGAUCACGGCACCUGGCGUGUGUUGUCCCUGUUUGCAGGCUCGAGCUUAGACGAGGAUUACACCCUUGUCAGCGUCAACCGAUAUCAUACAAAAUCUACCUCUUUGCAAAGGCCUAACCUCC